AUGUUUAUAAGAGACGCGGUGCUGCAAGCGUUGGAGGCACGUCUAUUGGGUGCGUCUGAGUUUCACUCCACUUGUAAUGCGUUGGAUAGGGCACUGGUGGUUCAAUUCCGGUUACAAUACCACACCGGUGGUGAUUCCGUGAUCACCCCGGCAACAGGUAAGGUGCUCUUUGGUGAUAUUGAUAAAGUUGAAAUGUUGUCGAGAAGGUUUCCCUUGGACAAACCAUUGUUGGACUUGAUCAAUAAGAUCUUGGGCAAUUGUGCAGGUAUCAUUCAUUUCAGCAUUGGAGAGUUCGAAGAUGCUAAGGUCAGAUUACAGCAGGCUCGUGAUAUUAAACUAGAUAAAACGUUUGAUGUAUAUGACAUGUAUCUAGGACUUGAGAACCUAUACUAUACAGCAUGCUUGCGCCAGGAUGAACAACAGAUCUCUGAUUGUUUGUAUGACCAUCUAUUUGAUACUUUGUCCUUCGUUCCAUCCGCAUCAGAGGCACUUACGCACCAAUGUCUAUGGAAGAUAGCGAAGAGGUUAAAAGGACAUAACAAUUUGGCAAAUUUGAUUAAGAUAUGGCCAGAAAAUAAUAGAGCAUUGGUGUUCUUAAUAUCUAUAAUAGCUUCAGAUAAUGGUGCAUACACAGAAUUCUCUAAAGACAACGAUGAAAUGAUAUUAAAAUACGGUAUGAACUUAGUGGAGAAGAUUAAAUUUCCCAAAGCUAGUGAAAAUAACAACUAUCAUUUGGAGCAAUUUAUGUUGUUUUUACAGGUAUACUUUAAAAAUAUAGUGCCAGACCAAGCCGCCUCAACCGAAUGGUAUAACUUUAUCUUGAAAGCCAUGUCGAAGACUUUCCAGAGCAUAAAUGUUGCACAUACUGCAUUAUUCGUAAUGAAAAAAAUAGGAUCUGAUAAUGAAAAAGGUAAAAUUAAUGGCACAUUAUUGAGAAAAGAAGCACUACUAAAUUUUGUUAACUUUAUCAGGUAUAGUAACAAAGAAUUCAAACUGAAUAAGAACUACAACGACAUUAUAUCCUUAUUGGUUUGUUAUAAUUUUGUUAUUAAUGAAUUCACUAAAAAAGAUAAUAUCGACAACUUGUUUGAUUACGAUAAAAGUUUAGAUGAACUGCUGAGCUUACUUGUAUUCUUUUACAAAGAAUACAAUAUUCCAUUAAGUGAGAAAAAGCAAUCGCUUGAUAUAUUGGAAAAUCCAAUCAGGCUUGCAUUCCCACCUCAUGUAGCAAAUACUUUGUCUCGAUCGUGGUUAACUUUGUACAACUACCAUUCUACCUCACUAUCGGCUUUAUUAUCAUUCGAUUUGCUGGCAUUCUUGGCAAACUGUGUUCCAAUCAGUCGUUCAAUGGAUGAGGGUCUAUUCAUAUCAACAGUCUUUCAAUAUGCAUUGACACUUGCAAAACAACGUGAUGUAGAGACAGCCAUUAAGGUCUUAGAGAAACUAAUUUUAGAAAGACAUCCUAACUGCUAUAAAGCCUGGCAUUUAAUGGCUUUAUGUCACUCUACAAAGGAAAAUAAGGAAACUGCUUAUAAGAUUGUUUGCUCUGUUUUGGAAGCGAUGAAUGAAAACAUGAAGGAUCUUACUUUUGAAGAGAAAUUCCAAUAUAUUUAUAUGAAGAUCACCCAGCUUAGAUUAAUUCAAGAUAUGUUUGGAACAGAUGAAACUUUAGAGUUAAUUCCAGAACUUUUUGAAUUAUAUAAUACAUUAUUCUUGGGAGGAGCAAAUCAGAAAAAGGUGACAAUAAAUGGUGUAUACGAUCUUGACAUGACAUUGCAGGAUAUUUGGCUUUAUGUUUGCAGUUUGUAUAUGAAAACACCAAGCACAGAUAAUCUACAGGAAGCAGAGACCGCAAUGGACGAGGCUAUGGCCCUUGAAAAAGAUCAUUGGAAGGGUAGAUAUUUACCACUGCGAGCUAAGUUAAACAUUUUGAAACAACAAAACAAGCAAGCGUUAUUGGAUAUCGAGAAAGCUAUCGACUUAGAUAAUAGUAAUAUAGAUGCGAUUCUAUGCUUUGCUGAGCUGAUAUUUGAUGUUGAGAAGAAAUCCGAGGAGGACUUGACUGAUGAAUAUUACAAAUUAGUUCCAAUUGAAGGCAUCAAAGAGUGUUCCAAAAAUCAGUCAGAGAAUGAGGAUCGUUUGUUUUUCAAUGCUACAGAUAGAUCAGCUGCAACAGCAAGACUAAAAUUAUUGCUUGACUCAGCUGUAGCUGAAUCAAUCGAGGGUUAUUAUACGCCUGAGGUUUGGUGGUCUCUGUCUCAAAUUCACGAACAGUUCGCUACAAAAGACUACAAAUUGUCGUUGAUGAAAUGUAUAAAAUUUGAGGAACUAAGACCUAUAGCCCAAUUUGAAAAUUGCAACUACUGA